CUUCUUUCUUUAUUGAAAAUCCAACACACCCUCCAUUCUCUUUUCUCUCUCUUCUCUUUCUAUUUUAUCCUCUCAACCUCCUUUUCGCCGGACUCCGCCGAUAUCCGUUCCGGCAACCGUCUCCUCUCGCCACCGGAAUAGUUCAUCACCGCACUCGUACUGCCAAGGUUUGUGAACAUCUGUGCUGAAAAGUUCCUGCUGGCAAGGGUUUUAUUUGUAUGAAUAAGUUGUAUAAAAGCUAUUUCCAGUGAUGGCAUCAAGGUCUUCUGCAGACCUUUUAGACUUGGCCUCUGGGAACCUACUGGAUAUUCCACAAACUCCAAGAGCUCUCCCUCGGUUUAUGACUGCCCCUGGGAUUAUAUCUGACUUGGAUGAUGGGGAUUCAGAUGUUACUUCAUCUGGCUGUUGUGAGCGUAAAAUUAUAGUGACUAAUAUGUUACCUUUACAGGCCAAAAGAGAUGCAGAGACUUCUAAAUGGCAAUUCAGCUUGGAUGAGGAUUCAAUUUAUUUACAGCUAAAGGAUGGUUUUUCUUCAGAAACUGAGGUUAUUUAUGUAGGAUCUCUCAAGGUUGAUGUAGAUGCUAGUGAACAGGAAGAAGUUGCCCAAAAGUUGUUGGAAGAUUUCAAUUGUGUUCCUACAUUUCUACCCCAUGAUCUGCAGAAGAAGUUUUAUUAUGGUUUCUGUAAACAGCAGUUGUGGCCACUUUUCCACUACAUGUUGCCUGUGUGUCCAGACCAUGGGGAUCGGUUUGACCGCCUUCUCUGGCAGGCUUAUGUCUCUGCAAAUAAGAUAUAUGCAGACAAGGUGAUGGAAGUAAUUAAUCCUGAUGAUGAUUAUGUUUGGAUACAUGAUUAUCACUUGAUGGUCCUACCAACUUUUUUACGGAAGCGCUACAACCGAGUCAAGCUGGGUUUCUUUCAUCACAGUCCAUUUCCAACAUCAGAAAUAUUCCGAACCUUGCCUGUUCGGGAUGAAAUUCUGAGGGGCCUGCUCAAUUGUGAUCUUAUUGGUUUUCAUACAUUUGACUAUGCUCGGCAUUUCCUGUCUUGUUGCAGUAGAAUGCUGGGCCUUGACUAUGAAUCGAAACGGGGACACAUUGGUCUUGAUUAUUUUGGCCGCAUGGUAUACGUUAAAAUUCUUCAUGUAGGAAUUCAUAUGCGUCAGCUUGAAUCGGUGUUGAAUCUUCCCUCUACAGCAGCCAGGGUCAAAGAGAUUCAAGAACAGUUUGAGGGGAAAACUGUGAUUGUUGGUGUAGAUGAUAUGGACAUCUUUAAGGGUAUCAGUCUGAAAUUACUGGCUGUGGAACACCUCUUACAGGAGCAUCCAGACUUGCGUGGCAAGGUAGUCUUGGUUCAGAUUGUGAAACCAGCUAGGGGCUUGGGAAAGGAUGUCCAGGAAGCAAAAAGAGAAACCUAUUUGACUGCCCAAAAGAUCAAUGAGACUUAUGGUUCUCCUGAUUAUAAGCCAGUGAUUCUGAUUGAUCGUCCUGUUCCUCUUUAUGAGAAGUCUGCUUAUUAUGCUGUGGCUGAGUGUUGCAUAGUAAAUGCUGUGAGGGAUGGGAUGAACUUAAUCCCUUAUGAGUAUAUAGUUUGCAGGCAGGGGACUCUUGGUGUGGAUGAAGCUGUGGGUGUAAAGGCAGAUUCACGUCGGUCAAGUAUGAUUGUGGUGUCUGAGUUCAUUGGCUGUUCCCCAUCCCUAAGUGGAGCUAUUAGGGUUAAUCCAUGGGAUAUUGAUGCUGUGGCUGAGGCUUUAAAUCUGGCUAUUACUGUGCCUGACUCUGAGAAGCAAUUGCGGCAUGAGAAACACUAUAGAUAUAUCAGUACUCAUGAUGUGGCUUAUUGGGCUUGCAGCUUUGCACAGGAUUUGGAGAGAGCAUGCCAAGAUCAUUACAACAAACGCUGCUGGGGGAUUGGUUUGGGCCUUGGGUUCAGAGUUCUGUCUCUAUCUCCUAGUUUUAGGAGGUUAGCUACUGACCAUAUUGUUUCAGCAUAUAAAAAAACGAAUAGGAGAGCAAUAUUUCUGGAUUAUGAUGGUACUGUUGUUCCUGCAUCUUCCAUUAUUAAAACUCCAAGCCCAGAAGUCAUAUCUAUCUUGAAGAUUCUUUGCAGUGAUCCUAAGAACACUGUGUUUAUUGUCAGUGGGAGAGGGAGAAGCUCACUUAGUGAGUGGCUUGCUCCAUGUGAGAUGCUGGGAAUAGCAGCUGAGCAUGGGUACUUCAUAAGAUGGAGUAAGGCCUCUGAAUGGGAAACUAGUGCCAUGGCUACUGACCUUGAAUGGAAAAAAGUUGUGGAACCUGUAAUGAGACAUUAUACAGAGGCAACAGAUGGUUCCAACAUAGAGAUUAAAGAGAGUGCUUUAGUAUGGCACCAUCAAGAUGCAGACCCAGACUUUGGAUCAUGCCAAGCCAAGGAAUUGUUGGAUCAUCUAGAGGAUGUACUUGCCAAUGAACCUGUUGUUGUUAAGAGGGGCCAGCAAAUUGUUGAAGUUAAGCCACAGGGAGUAAGCAAAGGAUUGGUCGCUCAGAAGGUUCUGUCGGCAAUGGUGGAAGGUGGGAAACCACCUGAUUUUGUGAUGUGUGUUGGUGAUGACAGAUCUGAUGAAGACAUGUUUGAGAGCAUAUUAAGCACAGUUACCAGUCCAUUAUUGCCUGCAGCUCCAGAAAUAUUUGCUUGCACUGUGGGCCAAAAGCCAAGCAAAGCUAAGUAUUAUCUUGACGAUCCUGCUGAUGUAUUAAAAUUGCUUCAAGGUCUUGCUGCUGCUUCAAGUGUAAAGCCUAGGCAUCUGCCUGAGGUCCAGGUUUCUUUUGAGAGUGCUGUUUGAGUUGAACAUGUUGUCUGGCACAGAUUUACCUCUUCAUUUCGUUGGUACUCUUGACAAUCUUUGAUCGAUUUAGAGGAAACUUUAGGUUGUUGGUGGGUCCUUGGUGGAUGCAGUGAGAAUGUUUCUAUCUCAAAUCCUCGAGGCGAUUUGCAGAUUUUCAUAAAUCGGAAGACCCAACUGUGUUUUUGUACAUCUUCACGUCACUGAUGUACUUGGGUGCGGAUGGGAUAGGGAAUUCACAUGUCUAUAAUAGGCUUCUUAUCAUCUGGUGGCACCAUUAACUUGUAUAGAGAUACACUGCCUUUUUCCAAUACAGUUUUCAAAUUUGAUUCAAGCAUAUAUCAUUAUUUGAUUGUCACCCAAAUUCUGCAUCUCAACUUGAACGUGUUAAAAACAUUUUAAAGAGUUCAGUUUAUCCAAAUGCAAGAGUUUCUUUAGUACCUACUACUCGUUUCUUCUAUAUCUCGACAAUGAAGUUGCCUCAGGAGG